AUGUCUUUGAAGAUCUUGAAAAGAAAUAUCAUUAGGCCAAGACGCACUCUUCUUGUUCGACCAAAUGAUUCCCUCACACGCCGAAACAAUGAUUCUGAAGCUAGCACUGUUGUUAACCCUUCUCAAGAUGCAAAUGUUCACACCAAAGUUCCUCAAGGGGCCGAUGAUGAAAAGGCCAUUGAGUUGGAGAGCUCGCCUAAAUUUAUAUCAUCAGUGAAGACAUUUUGUUUGCUCUUGGAACACUCUAUGUCAUUUGAAGGCUCUGUUGAGUUGCAUGUCACUUCUUCCAAAGCAUUGCUUAUAAUUGGAUCGCAUAUGCCAGAGGUGGUAGCAUCACAUUAUGCUCUCAAAGUUUCAUGGCUUAAGCAACUACUACUGAAUCAUGUAGAUUGGGACACUCGGGAAUCCAUUGCAUGUUUACUUGGAAUCGUGUCUUCUGCUCUUCCUCUGCCUGCAACAUCUGAUGUUAUUUCGGAAUUGACUUCAAUUUUCAGCCAAACACAUAAGCCUAGAUUUGAGACUCAGCACGGUGCGCUUUGUGCAAUAGGAUAUAUCACUGCAGAUUAUUUGUCUAGAGCACUUAUGCCAGAAAUUUUUCUCCGGAAAACACUUAGAUGCCUAGUUGAUGUGGUUAAUCCUGAAACUUCUGCUCUUGCUGCUGUUGCAAUGCAAGCAUUAGGUCAUAUUGGACUGCGUAUUUCUUUACCUCCACUUGAGGAUUCUAAUUCAGAUGGAAUUCUCAUACUUCUGUAUGAUAAAUUGAGUAAGUUUCUCUUGAGUGAUGAUGUUAAAGCAAUACAGAAGAUCGUCAUAUCCAUUGGGCAUAUAUCUGUAAAGGAAUCAUCAUCCUCUCAUAUAGAUAUGUCCUUAAAUUUGAUUUUCAGUCUUUGUCGAUCUAAGGCUGAGGAUGUUCUGUUUGCUGCUGGGGAGGCACUUUCUUUUUUGUGGGGUAGUGUUCCUGUCAGUGCUAACACAAUCCUCAGAACUAACUUCACUUCACUAUCGACUGCUUCAAAUUUUCUGAUGGGAGAUUUAAACUCUGCUGAGUCAAAGCAGUUCCCAAAUGGACAAAGUGAACAUAGUGAAGGAUACCAUGCUUCUGCAAGAGAUGCAAUUAUGAAAAAGCUUUUUGAUGAGCUUUUGUAUAGUAGCAGGAAAGAAGAGCGAUGUGCUAGAACUGUCUGGCUAGUAUCACUUACAAAGUACUGCGGCAGUCAUCCUACUAUUCAGAAAAUGCUUCCAGAAAUUCAGGAGGCUUUCUCUCACCUUCUUGGUGAACAAAAUGAACUCACACAAGAGUUGGCUUCUCAAGGCAUGAUUAUUGUGUAUGACCUUGAUGAUGAAUCUAUGAAACAAAAUUUGGUGAAUGAACUUGUGAAUACGUUGACUGGGUCAGGCAAACGGAAAAGAGCAAUCAAGCUUGUUGAAGAUUCUGAAGUAUUUCAAGAUGGAUCUCUUGGUGAAACUGCUAGUGGAGGGAAACUGAACACUUAUAAGGAGUUAUGUAGCUUUGCAAAUGAGAUGGGACAGCCAGACUUGAUUUAUAAGUUUAUGGAUUUAUCAAAUCAUCAAGCUUCUUUGAAUUCUAAGAGAGCAGUUGCUUUUGGCUUCUCAAAAAUAGCAAAGCAAGCAGGGGAUGCUCUUAAGCCACAUUUACGAUCUUUGAUUCCAAGGCUUGUAUGCUACCAGUAUGAUCCUAAUAAAAAUAUACAGGAUGCAAUGGUACACAUAUGGAAGUCACUAGUGGCUGAUUCGAAGAAAACCAUUGAUGAACACUUAGAUCUCAUUAUUGAUGAUUUACUAGUUCAAUGUGGAUCUCGGCUUUGGCGGUCACGUGAAGCAUCAUGUCUCGCCCUUGCAGAUAUUAUUCAAGGACGAAAGUUUUAUGAGGUUGGAAAGCAUUUAAAAAGAUUAUGGUCGGGAGCAUUUCGUGCCAUGGACAACAUAAAGGAAAAUACCGAAACUAUGAAUUCAAAGUUCAGUGAAGCGGCAAUGCAGGAGAUCACUAAGAUAGCAGCUGACUUGAUAAAUAAACCUCUCAGUUCUGUUUUUAAGGACCAUGGUGGUAGUGACAUUGACACUAGUAGCAGCAUUCCAAUCACAGUUCAUGAGGCAAUAGUUUGGAGGAAAAAGAUACAUAGUGGACCUGCUGAUGCUUUCCAUUUUCACUGCAGUAAAAUAACUUGGUAA